UCUCUCUCUCUCUCUCUCUCUCUCUCUCUCGCGCAGAAAGGACGCCAUUGAAACCGUCGCCACCAUGUCCUUCUCCGAAGACUUGUUACCGUCGCCGGACCGCCGUGGCCUCGGCACUCUUCUCCGGCACCGGAAACCAUCUUCCUCUUCCACCGAUCAAAACCCUCUGCUGAUAUCAUCACCCCCUCCGCUUCCGAUUAAGAAGAAGGCAUUUUCUUCUGCAGCCUUCCGCAGCUUCAGUUGUUCCUCCUCCUCCGCUUCUCAGGCCUACGCGCCAUCGUCCGCCGCCGCCGCUGUUCGCUCUUCGGCCGAUUGGGAGGGGAAGCGUACACGGAGGAGGAGAACUGACCAGAAGAAGAAGGAUAGGAGUUCGGCCGCUGCCGAUGUGUGGUGUGCUCCAGGGAUCUCUUUUGCAGGGGAUGAUUCUGUGGACUGCGUGGUCUCGCCCCGCGAGAUGGUCGGGAGAGGUGGGAGGGUUGAGGUAGAGAGGGCUUUUAGACAGGUAUGUCCAUAUGUUUGAUUUCAGCGCGUUCUGAUUCUUGAAUUUGUUCUUCAUCUUGAUUUUCUUUCGGUAAAAUAACUUUUCUACGGUCUGAUCGUUAUUAAACUCUGCUUAUAAGAAAAGCUUUUAUCGGAAUGAGGAAGAAAAAGGUUAUGUUAACAAUGAAUGGAUGUGCAAGUUAUCCGAUCCAUCCCAUGAACUGUAGUUCUCAAGCUAAAAACUCUUUAUACUUUCUUCAAUCUUCUUCCUUCCUCCGUAAUUGAACCUCAAAAUCGCUCACAAGGCUUUUUAUGAGUAUACUGUUUUAUAUGAUCAUGCUUUUGCUUACCGCUGGGAUUACUUCCACCUUUUUCAUAAUUAUUC